UGUUGUCCAAAAUGGAGUGCGCAUGCGCGAAAUAAGUAAGCGCUCACUAACCCCAUCUGAACGUCGUUCUCUGAACUUCUUUCUCAAUUGCUCUUCCUUUCUCCGUUCUGCUCCGCUCCCUCUUAAAAUUUAAAUGGUCAGUUAAAUAAAUGCCUAUCUGUAUUGGAGCAGAAAUUUGGAGGGAAUUAGCUCAAUUAGUCACUGAAUGCUAUUGAGAGCUGUUAGAAGUGUUUGACAGACUCUGAAUACGUUUAUGUGAUUAAAGUGAAAAGAGUUUACAAAGUAUAAAGACAGUGAAAGAAUGAAGUGAAGAAAAGUGAAGAAAGUGAUGAAAGUGAAAUAAGUGAUAUAAGUGAUAAAAGCGAAGGAAACAUAAAAGAGAAAUUUUUUUCUAAGGGAAUAGUUAACCUAUAUAAAUAUUAUAUAAGUUUUCAAUUCUCUUGGAAGCACUUUGAUCUUAGCUUUGUUUCAGGUGUUGCUGCAUAAUAAUUAAAAAUGAAUGCGAUAAGAAAGCCAAACUGUGCAGUACCAGAAUGCGUUAAGAAGUUCAUUGAUGUGCAACGACAUUUUUUUAAAUUUCCAAAGGAACAAGACAGAUGGCUGCAAUGGGUACGAGCAUGUGGAAGGCUGGAUCUAGAACCUAAAGGUCCAGAAUAUGCCCACCAGAAUUGUCGUUUGUGCCAUUUGCAUUUUGAAAACAAAUGGUACAAAAUUAAUAAAGUUAGGGCUCGUCUUCACCCAGAUGCUGUACCCACUAUAUUUUUUGGACCAGGUUUUCAACAACAGGACAACACAGCACCCGAACAAACAACACAACAAAGUGAGGAAAAUGUGGUUAAAGAGAAAGUAGAUAGAAAUACAUGUGCUGAGGCAACUGUUGCAGAAAUGCAAGUGCAAGAAGAUAAUAACAAAGCAGAAACUUCACAAACAAUCGUCCCAAUUAUUGUCAGUGACGUAGAAAUAACUCAACCGUAA